GAGCGCAGCGGCGGGCAGCGCCGGCUGGUCCUCCCGCUGGGUUCAGCUGGCGCCGGCGUGCGGAACGCGCUCUCCGGCGGUCGGCAGCGCGGUGCGGGAUCCACUCGCCCCGCUUCCUCCGGAAGGACCUCUUCAGGAGCAGACGCUGGAGCGACCCACUGGGCUUCCUUUUGGCCCCCGGAGUUAGCAUUGCUUAGAAGGGACCGCUUUCUGCAGUUGGCCUGGACAUUGACUGUUAAGGAGAUCUGUCUCCUUUGUUUUUUUUAAGUCUCAAGAAAUGGAAGAAGACGGUGGAGUCAGUUGAAGCCAGCAUUGGAAGCUUCCUGAAAAACCUUCAUUCCCUGGCACGUUGUUUCACUAGCCCUGCAUCUUCUCUCCCAGUCUGGUGUGAAAUUCUUGCCCUUUUGACUUGUGGUGGCAUUCCCCACCCAACCCCCAAUGUGGACUCCAAAGGAUUUGCCCUUUCUUUGCAAUUUGAAAUGAAAUGAUGGCCACACGUCGGACUGGUCUGCCUGAAGGAGAUGGUGACAAGCUCAAAGCCUGCCGGGUCCCAGCCUGUGAGGUAUCAAAAAAUAAAGAUGGAAAUGAACAAAGUGAAACUGUAUCACCAUCCGAAGAUGAAACAUUCUCCUGGCCAGGUCCCAAAACAGUUAUGCUGAAAAGAACAUCUCAAGGCUUUGGUUUUACAUUAAGGCAUUUUAUUGUUUAUCCCCCAGAGUCUGCAAUUCAGUUUUCAUAUAAGGAUGAAGAAAAUGGAAACAGAGGAGGAAAACAAAGAAACCGCUUGGAACCAAUGGAUACCAUAUUUGUUAAACAAGUUAAAGAAGGAGGACCUGCCUUUGAAGCUGGAUUAUGCACAGGUGACCGAAUUAUAAAAGUCAAUGGAGAAAGUGUUAUUGGAAAGACCUAUUCCCAAGUAAUUGCUCUAAUUCAGAACAGUGAUACAACAUUGGAACUUAGUGUUAUGCCAAAAGAUGAAGAUAUUCUCCAAGUGCUACAAUUUACAAAGGAUGUCACAGCUCUGGCAUAUUCUCAAGAUGCCUACCUGAAAGGCAAUGAAGCCUAUAGCGGCAAUGCCCGUAAUAUACCUGAACCUCCACCAGUUUGCUAUCCCUGGUUGCCAUCUGCCCCUUCAGCCAUGGCGCAGCCAGUUGAAAUAUCUCCUCCAGAUUUGUCAUUGAGCAAACAGCAAACCAGUACACCAGUCCUGACACAACCUGGCAGGGCUUAUAGAAUGGAAAUACAAGUGCCUCCAUCACCAACAGAUGUUGCAAAAUCAAAUACAGCAGUGUGUGUUUGCAAUGAAAGUGUAAGGACUGUCAUUGUGCCUUCUGAGAAGGUUGUAGACUUGUUAUCCAGUAGAAACAACCAUACAGGUCCUUCACACAGAACUGAAGAAGUAAGGUAUGGUGUAAGUGAACAGAACCCUUUAAAAAUAGUGUCAAGAACCACAUCACCACCAUCAUCAAUUCCUACUGCCCAUCUUAUUCAUCAGACUGCAGGUUCUAGGUCAUUAGAACCUUCUGGAAUUUUACUUAAAUCUGGAAAUUACAGUGGACAAUCUGAAGGAAUAUCAAGCAGUAGAUCUCAAGCUGUAGAUUCUCCUUCUGUAUCUGUUAAUCACUAUUCCCCAAAUUCCCAUCAGCACAUAGACUGGAAAAACUAUAAAACUUACAAGGAGUAUAUUGAUAACAGACGAUUGCACAUAGGUUGUCGGACAAUUCAAGAAAGAUUGGAUAGUUUAAGAGCAGCAUCUCAGAGCACAACGGAUUAUAACCAGGUGGUACCAACCCGCACUUCUUUGCAGGUACGACGCCGAAGCACCUCUCAUGAUCGAGUGCCCCAGUCUGCUCAGAUUCGGCAACGCAGUGUCUCCCAGGAAAGACUGGAAGAUUCUGUGCUAAUGAAGUAUUGUCCAAGAAGUGCAUCUCAAGGCGCACUGACAUCUCCACCCGUUAGUUUCAGUAAUCAUAGAACUCGUUCAUGGGAUUACAUUGAGGGACAAGGUGAAACCUUAGAAAAUGUUAAUUCUGAAAGUCAAAUACCUGAUUCAAAUGGGGAGCGAAAACAGACUUAUAAGUGGAGUGGGUUUACUGAACAGGAUGAUAGACGAGGUAUUUAUGAAAGGCCCAGGCAACAAGAAAUUCAUAAAUCUUUUCGAGGUUCAAAUUUGACUGUGGCUCCAAGUGUUGUUAAUUCUGAUAAUAGGCGAAUGAGUGGUAGAGGAGUAGGAUCUGUGUCGAAGUUUAAAAAAAUUCCAUCAGAUCUAAAAACACCGCAGUCCAACAGGAAUUUUCAAACUACUGGUGGAACGUCACUGCCKCGAGGUAUUUCACAAGACAGGUCACCUCUUGUAAAAGUCCGGAGUAAUUCUCUGAAAGCACCUUCCACACAUGUCACAAAACCAUCAUUCAGCCAGAACUCACUGGUGUCUAUCAAAGACCAAAGACCGGUAAAUCACAUGCAUCAAAACAGUGUAUUGAAUCAGCAGACGUGGUUCAGAGCUGAAAGCACCCCUGAUCGCCAAGUGGAGACUGGGAAGGCCCUCUCUUUAUCUGGAGCUUCUGUUAAGCCUGGCCUUCAGAAGAGCGAGACUGUGGGCACUUCAGGUUUAGAACUCUCUCUUCAAAGGAAUCAAGAUCCAAAUUUACAAGAGGCUGAACUUCAGCAAACAAAUGCUUUAGAUAAUAAAGAAACUGUCAUCCUAAGAGAAAAACCUCCAUCUGGUCGCCAAACACCACAGCCUUUAAGGCAUCAGUCUUACAUCUUAGCAGUAAAUGACCAGGAUACUGGGUCAGAUACCACCUGCUGGUUGCCGAAUGAUGCACGCCGAGAGGUCCAUAUAAAAAGAAUGGAGGAAAGGAAGGCCUCAAGUACCAGCCCGCCUGGUGAUUCCUUGGCUUCCAUCCCAUUUAUAGAUGAACCAACUAGCCCUAGCAUUGAUCAUGAUAUUGCCCAUAUCCCUGCUUCUGCUGUUAUCUCUGCCUCUACCUGUCAAGUCCCCUCAAUAGCAACUGUUCCUCCCAGUCUCACAACUUCUGCUCCUUUAAUUCGACGUCAGCUGUCCCAUGACCAAGAAUCUGUUGGACCACCUAGCCUGGAUGCCCAGCCCAACUCAAAAACAGAAAGAUCAAAAUCAUAUGAUGAGGGUCUGGAUGAUUAUAGAGAAGAUGCAAAAUUAUCCUUUAAGCAUGUAUCUAGCCUGAAGGGCAUCAAGAUCACAGAUAGUCAAAAGUCAUCAGAAGACUCUGGAUCCAGAAAAGAUUCUUCUUCAGAGGUUUUCAGUGAUGCUGCAAAAGAAGGGUGGCUCCAUUUCCGACCACUUGUCACCGAUAAGGGCAAGCGUGUUGGUGGAAGUAUUCGUCCUUGGAAACAGAUGUAUGUUGUACUUCGGGGCCAUUCUCUGUACUUGUACAAAGAUAAGAGAGAGCAGAUGCCUCCUUCUGAGGAAGAGCAACCCAUCAGUGUUAAUGCUUGCCUGAUAGACAUCUCUUACAGUGAGACCAAGAGGAAAAAUGUGUUUCGACUUACCACAUCCGAUUGUGAAUGUCUAUUUCAGGCAGAAGACAGAGAUGAUAUGUUAGCAUGGAUCAAGACUAUCCAGGAAAGUAGCAACCUAAAUGAAGAGGACACUGGAGUUACUAACAGGGAUUUAAUUAGUCGGAGAAUAAAAGAAUAUAACAAUCUGAUGAGCAAAGCAGAACAGUUGCCAAAAACACCUCGCCAGAGUCUCAGCAUCAGGCAAACUUUACUUGGUGCUAAAUCAGAGCCAAAGACUCAAAGCCCACAUUCUCCAAAGGAAGAAUCUGAAAGGAAACUUCUCAGCAAAGAUGAUACCAGUCCCCCAAAAGACAAAGGCACAUGGAGAAAAGGCAUUCCGAGCAUUAUGAGAAAGACAUUUGAGAAAAAGCCUACUGCUACAGGAACAUUUGGCGUCCGACUGGAUGAUUGUCCGCCAGCUCAUACUAAUCGGUAUAUUCCAUUAAUAGUUGAUAUAUGUUGCAAAUUAGUUGAAGAAAGAGGUCUCGAAUAUACAGGUAUUUACAGAGUUCCUGGAAAUAAUGCAGCCAUUUCAAGUAUGCAAGAAGAACUCAACAAGGGAAUGGCUGAUAUUGAUAUACAAGAUGAUAAAUGGCGAGAUUUGAAUGUGAUAAGCAGUUUACUAAAAUCCUUCUUCAGAAAACUCCCUGAACCUCUCUUCACAAAUGAUAAAUAUGCUGAUUUUAUUGAAGCCAAUCGUAAAGAAGAUCCUCUAGAUCGGCUGAAAACAUUGAAAAGACUAAUCCACGAUUUGCCUGAACAUCAUUAUGAAACCCUUAAGUUUCUUUCGGCUCAUCUGAAGACAGUAGCAGAAAAUUCGGAAAAAAAUAAGAUGGAACCAAGAAACCUAGCAAUUGUUUUUGGUCCAACUCUAGUGCGAACAUCAGAAGACAACAUGACCCACAUGGUCACACACAUGCCCGACCAGUAUAAGAUUGUAGAGACACUCAUCCAGCAUCAUGACUGGUUUUUCACGGAAGAGGGUGCUGAAGAGCCUCUUACCUCAGUGCAGGAGGAAAACACAGUAGACUCCCAGCCAGUGCCAAACAUAGAUCAUUUACUCACCAACAUUGGAAGGACAGGAGUCUCCCCUGGAGAUGUAUCAGAUUCAGCCACUAGUGACUCAACAAAAUCUAAGGGUUCUUGGGGAUCUGGAAAGGAUCAGUAUAGCAGAGAACUGCUUGUGUCCUCCAUCUUUGCAGCCGCUAGUCGCAAGAGGAAAAAGCCAAAAGAAAAAGCACAACCUAGUAGCUCAGAAGAUGAAUUGGACAAUGUAUUUUUUAAGAAGGAAAAUAUGGAACAGUGUCACAAUGACAUUAAAGAAGAGUCAAAAAAGGAAAGUGAGACAUUAAGCAGAAAACAAAGGCUCAUCAUUGCCAAAGAAAAUAGUUCUAAGACAGACAGCACAACAAAAGAUGAGAAGACAUCUCUACGAAAAGAGAGCACGCCAUCUGAAGAACCCUCUCCACCACACAAUUCCAAACAUAACAGAUCGCCAACUCUUAGCAGUCGUUUUACUAUCCUGAAAGAGAGCUCUAAAUCACUUCUCACACAAAAGUCCUCCCAUUUUGAAGAGACAGGGUCUGACUCUGGCACUUUGCUUAGCACAUCUUCCCAGGCUUCUCUGGCAAGGUUUUCUACCAAGAAAUCCACCAGUCCAGAACCUAAACAUUGUGAGUUUUUGGCCAAUGUUGGCACCAUCACCUCAGAUUAUUCUACUACAUCAUCAACUAUGUACUUGACUAGCCUCGACUCCAGUCGACUGAGCCCUGAAGUACAGUCUGUGGCAGAAAGUAAGGGAGAUGAGGCUGAUGAUGAGCGAAGCGAACUGAUAAGUGAGGGGCGGCCUGUGGAGACAGACAGUGAGAGUGAGUUUCCUGUCUUCCCCACAGCUUUGACUUCCGAGAGGGUUUUCCGAGGAAAACUGCAAGAAGUUACUAAGACAAGCCGUAGAAACUCAGAAGGAAGUGAAGUAAGUUGUACUGAGGGAAGUUUAACACCAAGUUUAGAAAGCCGGAGACAACUCUUUAGUUCACAUAAACUUAUUGAAUGUGAUACACUAUCCAGAAAAAAGUCUGCAAGAUUCAAGUCAGACAGUGGAAGUCUGGGAGAUACCAAGAGCGAGAAAGAAACACCUUCAAUAACCAAAGUGUUUGAUGUCAUGAAAAAAGGAAAAUCAACUGGGAGUCUACUAACACCAACCAGAAGUGAAUCAGAAAAGCCAGAACCCACUUGGAAAACGAAAAUAGCAGAUCGACUAAAGCUGAGACCCAGAGCACCUGCAGAUGAUAUGUUUGGAGUAGGGAAUCAAAAAACAAAUGCCGAAACUGCUAAAAGGAAAAACAUCAAGCGCAGACACACACUAGGAGGACACAGAGAUGCUACUGAAAUCAGCGUUUUGAAUUUCUGGAAAGCACAUGAGCAGAGUGGGGAGAGAGAAUCUGAACUUUCAGCUGUGAAUCGAUUAAAACCAAAAUGCUCAGCCCAGGACCUCUCAAUCUCAGACUGGCUUGCCAGGGAGCGCCUACGUACGAGCACAUCUGACCUUAGCAGAGGAGAAAUUGGAGACCCCCAGCUGGAGAACCCUGGCACAUCAGAAACACCCAGGACCGAGACAACUUGGUCUUUGCAAUCUGACACUGGCAGUUCUUCCAGUACUUUGGCUUCAACAACUAGGCCCCAUCUUUCCAUACCACCACAGUUACCUGACCAAAUAAAUGGAGAAAACUUCCAGAACAUGAGCCAAAAUGCUAGUUCUGCAACUAAUGCCCAUCCUCAUAAACUGUCUGAAACCCCAGGGAGUAAAGCACAGUUUCAUCCCUGUCUUUAAACUGGGGGUAUGUCCACUCUAGCAAAUAAAAAGCUACUGUUACACAUUUCAGUAACUCUGUAAAUAUUUUCUUGUACCAGAAUUGUUAUUAUGCAGCCUUCAUUUGGGCUGGUUUCAUCAUUUUGCACUGUGAAAUAACUUUACAGUGCAUUACUACAGCCAGAAGAACACAUAUAUAUUUAAAAAUAUAUUGGAUAGUUGUAUACAAAUGAGCAAGGUAUUUGUUGCAACUCACUACAUAGUAUAUACCCCGAAUUACUGAGAAAAUCGCUGACAUUAGUAUGCAGCAAAUUUGUUCUUUUGGUUUCAUCACUAACAAAAGUGCCUCAUCAUAAAAUCCAUUUGAUUUUUAGGGUGCCAUAUUGUUAAAAUUAGAUAACUUACAUUAAAUAAAUGAAUGCAUUUUAUUGGUAAUAAAUUUCAUUACAUUUACCAGUUUUAACACAGGUGGAUACAGAACUUCCAUUCUUUAGUCAUUCCAGGUGGAUCUGAGUUUUAUAUUCAAACUUUUAAUACAGUUUUUGAGUUUUGUGUGACUUGAAUUUUUAAUCUUUCUGUAAAAUACGUAACUUAAAUGAACAUAUUAUAUGUGUAUCUUUUCUUCAGAUACCAGAUUUGAUAUAAAUGUUGUAACAUAGGUGUGUAGAUAGUGGAUCCUGGAUGGAACUGGCUUCUUUAUUGAGAAGAAUAUAAUUCUGCAUGAGGACCUAAUGAUCCAAACCUGUGUCAUGCCUGUGUGCAUACCCAAUUAAACACUGGAAAUAAAAAUUGUUUUGGUGAACUUUG